CGGUGCGCUGACCUCACAUCAACUACUGGAGGUUCACAGGUCGCCUCGGGGUGGCGGCGGAAGGAAAGCGAAGGAACUGGGAUCGCCCCGGGAACACACGCGCGCGACUCUGUUACGUUCUUCUUUACAGCAAUAAAUACACACCGUUGCCGGGCUGAAAACGGUGUCUGGCGGUGUCUACAGCAGUACAUCUUGUCACUGCUCCUUUUGUUUUCUUUCAAAGAGAAUGAAGCUGGCUGGGAGCUACUGCUUCCUGUUGGCUCUGUGCGUCUUCCUUGCCGACCACCUCGCUUUCGCGCAACCUACUGGUGGCCGGGUACCAUCAGCACCUCGAUAUGGCCUAGCAAGAUUCGCUGAGGAGGACGUCAAGGACACGGGCGUCGGACAUGUACAUCCGAUCCCUGAAGACGAACACCAAGUUGAAGAAGAGCUGGUUGAGGUGCUCGAGGCCGAUGAAUUGACCACUGUCGUGGGAGACAUCGAGCUUGGUGACUUGCAAUGUGACAGCCUUGAGGAUGCUGCGGACUCUAGCCUGCUGCGAUUCACGAUGAGCUCUACGGAGACGGUGAUAGCUGAGCGCACCUCCUACACGUCCUUCGACGGCAACGUUCUGCCGGACGGAAACGCGCGCAAGACCUGGCUGGGAGAAGUCGUCGACCCCGAACCCUCCGCCAAUUCCAUCCCCAGGACUGUCAGUAUGACGUGGACGGACCCAUGCGACAUUGAGACUUUCCUCCUGAAGCUCGUGUCACGAAACUCAGACGGCAGCACCUCUAUUGUCACAUCCGUACCGUGCUCCGCUGGAUCCAGCAGCGAAAUUUGCAUGGUGGAGCUCCAAAAGUUCUUCUACGACGAAAGCGACGCUGUGGACACCGCACAAUCCUCUUCAUCAAGCUCCACUUCCAAGUACCAGGGCUCUCGGAUGCUAAACGAACGACGUGUGUCGACGACCUUUAUGGAGGAGGGGUCGCGUUGGUCGCAAGGCAUACCAAGCGACCGCAGCCUGCAGGGCACAACAGUGAUCGACGUCCUGAUCUUUUAUUCCCCGGAGGCCGCCUCCGCAGAGGGCAUCUCUGACGCACAGCUGUUAACCAGGAUUGUCGAAGGCAUGGUGACCUUGAACCAGGCCAUCACAAACUCAGCAAUCGCGGAUUUAGAGUAUCGUCUCGUCCACGUGGCCGAGCUACCGUACAGCCAGAUGACGUACGACCCCAGCGACGACAUCGACCUCGAGCCGGAGCUUGAUGCGUUGGCUGCGGACAGCGACGUGACUGAUCUACGCGACCAAUACCAAGGGGACCUGGUGCAGCUCGUUGGGUACUUCCCGGGAACGUGCGGACGAGGGUAUAUUUUCAACGGUGACGCCGCGUUCGGCUUCUCCCUCGUGGACUCAAACUGCUUCGACAAUUUCUCGCACACCCACGAGAUAGCUCACAACAUGGGGUGCUACCACGACAGAGAAAACUCCCUCACGCAGGAUGACUACCGCCACGGGUACCGGUACUGCGAGGGCGCCGAUCCCUACCGCACCAUCAUGUCGUACUACCUAAACGGUUGCGGUGGAGACCCGACGCCCCAGGAAGACCCCAUCGUGCCACGGGUAAACUACUUCUCCAAUCCGGAAGUGACCUACCUCAACAAGCCCACGGGCACCGCAGCCGCAGACAACGCUCGGUGCAUCGAGGAGAGCAUGGUGGCUGUGUCCAAGUUCAGAAAUGAUGGCGACUUCGUCUGCUCCGAUGAUGGGGAUGCGUGUGCCGUAGAUCCUGACUGCUGCGUUGGCUUUUGCGGUUCUGCCGGGAUUUGCGCCACCGAAGAAUGCGCAGGAUUGGGUGGAGACACGGCCACCAUCGAAGAUGGUGUCUGCGACCCCGAGAACAACGUCGAGGGAUGCCAAUACGACGGGGGCGACUGCUGCGAAUGUGACUGCUCGAACCAGGUGUGCGAUGAAGACAACGCCUGCGUUACCCCGGCGUGGGACUGCGUAGUGGACGAAACAUCAUCCCUCGUAGGAAUUGGCGUUGAGGGGGCAACCGACGUUUGCCCGCCUCUUUUUACCGGCGAUUUCGACAAUUGUGACCGCAACACUCAACGAUGCCAGUGCACCUGUCGAGAGAGCGACCCUGUCGCCGCGCUCUGCGGUUUCGGGACAGGCUUCGAUUGCCUCGACCCGGCCUCGGACUGCGUCGAGGAGCCAACAGAGUGCGUGGACGAUAGCGACUGCACCCUUCCCGAGGAAUGCUGCCUAUUGAAGCUGGUGUGCGAGGUACCCGACCCCACGGACCCUACGGCUUGCGGUGACCCCCACAUGACCGGCUUCCACGGCCAGAAGUUCGACUUCACGGGCAACGACGGUCAGUGGUACUGCCUUAUCUCAGACCUGCCGUCCAUGCACCUUAACAUGCGUGUGACGGCGCCCGUCUCUUCCCGGCCGGACAUCACGUACAUCACCGGGCUCUCCCUCAUCACCACCGAUGACGAUGGCCAAGAACACAGCAUCAUAAUUUCCGUCAAGGAUCCACACAGCCUGGAUAGCGACUGCCCGCCCGGAGUGUCCCCCUGCCUUGCGGAUGGCUCGUUGAUCGUGGUGCUCGAUGGAAACGAGACCCUGCUUGCCCCCGGUGCGAUUGAGCUUGCUCCAGACGUUAAGGUCUCCGCUGUCAACAUUCCCGGUGCCUGCCGAUCGUUCGGGUUCGAAAAGUACUGGGAGCGGAAGAAGCUCGAGUACGCGCAGGCUGGCGGCCGCAGGCUGGACGUACAGCAGUCGAUGGGGGAGUGGAUACUUGGGGACCCAACCGCGACCAACAUGGCGGAGUGCACAGAGUACGUGGCCCGUCACAUAGCGGGGGGCGAGGACGGUGAUUUGUUCACCCACCAAUCCGAGCACGCGUCUUUCCAGAUCGUCACACCUGCGGCCAUUAUCCGACUUAGCCACGGACGACUCCACCAGAUCGCGGAGCUCGGCCUACCGGACCAUUUGACUUGGCAGAUGAAUCUGGCUGUCGAUCACAAAGACGUGAGCCUGACCGCCAAGGGGGUCCUCGGAGAGACGAUGGUUCCCACCCGUACGGCUAGCGGGGAGUACAUCAUGCAUGGCAUGGAGGCCAUUCGCGGAACCCAGGAAGAUUACCACGUUGAGGGACCCUUGGGCCUUAACUUCACUCUGAGCUAGAGUACCUGGAGCCCGCUUCGACGCCUUCAUCUUCAGAGCAGAAAUUCCCGUGUGCUCCAGGGUCCACACGUAAACAAAGUGGGGGGGCCCGGGGGUGACUUGAAUCCCUGGUGGAUUGCCGAGAGAGUCCACAUGGACCACCUUCAUGACAAGACCAGCAUGUAUUUCCUGCAGUUUCGCAUCAACAGCAGGCAUGCAGACCAUCAAAAUCGUCGUGUGACACCUUUGAUUGUUCUCAAAAAGCUCAUGUUGGAUGGAUGCAGAGCCCAUCGGCGUGCAUACAAGAACCAGUCAGAUAUUCUUUGCCAAGUUAGUUCUGCUCUCUAGUCUAUGGCCACCAGUGGGUUAGUGGGUGGGAUGUGCGACAUCGGCACAGUCCCAACCGAAGGUAUGUUUAACUCCUGAAAUAGGAACAGGCUGUUUUUGCAUUGGCCUUUCCCACGACCGUCUCAUAUUCUCCCUGUCGACUAUUCAGGGUUGGUGGUAGGGUUGGUGCUCGACCGCGGUCAGAGAUGGUUUAGUUGUAGCACUUGUCCAAUGACUUGGUUCCUCUAAGAUCGAGGUAAAACUUUCAGUUGUUGCCAGAGUCAUGGGUUCUGUGUCCCCAAAGUAAACAGUUUGGACUUGGCCCAAUCGUUCGCUGUUGACAUCGGUGCCGUGAGGUACUGCAGAAACGCGGUUAGAACAUCAGAGAUCAGACUAGACAGCAAUAAACUGUCAUGGCCAUAGAUUUUUCAUUUGAUCUUUCUCGGGCUUGAGGGAUGUAAUACAUACAUGUACUGUAGUUGAUGGGUGAUAGGCUUCGACAAUAAAUAGGCUUUGCGUUGGGUUGACGAGGGAUAAAACUCAUGGCUGUCAACCACCAUCAUGUGGUUGUGGUAACAAAGUAGAGCGGAACUCAGGUGGAGCGCGCCCUUGCCUCGAUUUCAUUCAGUAUCAGGAGCGAGGGGGCGUUUAAUCAGCGCCGAAAGAUUAAGAUUAGUAUUGCCGAAGGGUAACGGAUUACCAAGCGAGGUAAUUUGGCAACCUGGCAGGUAUCUACAGAUCGAUGACUUUUCUCGAGAAGAGUAAGUGGGAAAAUUUCAUAGCGGGUGACCGUGGUUUUAUAUGACGGUAGUACGUAGCGAGAAUCGCAAGUAUUUUAUAUAAGUUGCCGACUGCGUUUUUAGAAGGCUCGUAUUUGUGGCUACAGGGCACAGGAAGUGGGCGCGGGCAGUUUGACGUUGGUUCGGCGUUUCUUCGAAUAGGGCCAGGACCAUGUUUCUUAUUUUUUUGCCCUAGUCUAUGCUCUUCCUGUUGGAUAUUUCCAUCGCAUCGUACAUGCGACAACUCUUGGUAAACAGCGAUACGUACAAUGUCGCUCUCACCUUCGUAUCAAGACACGCAGUAGGGCAGGUGCGCUUUCUGUGUUUGAUAUACUGCUGAACAAUCAGAGUAAAUUUUUUAGGAUCAGUUUGUUCGGUUAUCCGAUUAUGUUUAUGUAGUGCCUCCACCGGUGGAGCAAUUAGCAUUGCCGUUUAAGUUUUUAUCAUUCUCUACAAAAGUUUCCUUCUGGCAACAUUGACAUUGUUCUUGACAUACUUCUGUGGGCUACUCCAGAAGUUAGCAUUUGAUUGGUCAGCCUUAAGUUGAGAACGUUUUGUAUACGCACGAGACGACAUCAGCCGGAUCUUUGCCCAAGGGGUCAUGUUGUCUGAUUUGUCGACAACUUGGGAUAUAUGUUCAAGCUUGUUUCCGUCGGUAUGUUUUUGCUUGAAUGGUGCAGCCCCCGCGCAGCCUCCGUCCUCUCACGUCGGUUUUCUUCCGGUCUCUCCGACAAAAACAAUUACAUUUCUUCA